AACCUGACAUGAUAACGUCAUGAAUCCAGUGAUUUCCCACUUACAAAAGUCAACUUUCUCUUAAUUUCAGUCUUCAUCUCAGCAACACAGAGGGCAAUAUGGAGGAGACCAUAGACAUUUACCUUACAGGGGUGCUGCGAGAAUUACAUCUAAGCAAUACAGCUGCAAAUAACCUGCCGGUGACAACAUUAUCGUGAUGAGUUUUAUUGAAUAUGGCGAUACGAUAAAAGAAGGGGACACGGCAAUUGUCUUCUUGGGACAUGAAUCCAUGUUUCCAGUGAAGGUGCAACAUGGUGGUAAAACUCAGACUAAGUAUGGUGUUAUUAGACACUCAACUGACCUCAUUGGAAAGAAGUAUGGUUCCAAAGUAACCUGCAGCAAAGGAGGCUGGGUGUACAUCCUUUAUCCGACCCCAGAGUUAUGGACUCUGAACUUACGCCACAGAACUCAAAUCCUCUAUUCAACAGAUAUCUCUUUAAUCACCAUGAUGCUUGAGCUGAAACCAGGAAGUAUAGUAUGUGAAUCAGGAACUGGAAGUGCUUCUCUCUCUCAUGCCAUCAUCAGGACAAUUGCCCCAACAGGGCACCUGUAUACAAUAGAGUUCCACCAACAAAGAGCUGAAAAAGCCAUAGAGGAGUUUGAAGAGCACAAAGUGGGGCAUUUGGUGACAGUCAAGACCCAGGAUGUCUGCAAAAAUGGCUUUGGUGUUACCAACGUGGCAGAUGCAGUGUUUCUGGACAUUCCAUCUCCAUGGGAAGCUGUAGGCCAUGCCAAAUUAGCAUUAAAACAUGAAGGUGGACGCAUAUGUUCCUUUUCCCCUUGCAUCGAGCAAGUUCAAAGGACCUGCUUAGCUUUGGAGGAACACGGCUUUACUGAAAUCACUACUUCAGAGAUCCUGCUCAGAGUGUACAAUGUUCGAACAAUUAGCUUGCAAAUCCCUGAUCUUGGAAAAACAGCAGAUGGUAAUUCCAGCACUGGGGUUGAUGGAGGCAACCUAUCAAAUGAAGAUGCCUUGUGUCCAAAUCUUCCACAGGAAACUAUACAAUUUAAGAGCGGUGUGCCACUUAAGGAAAUGGUGGGUCACACUGGUUAUUUGACCUUUGCUACUAAAAACCUAUUUUAAAUACAGGCUUGAGAGUGUUUCUGCUACGCACCCUCUGAAUGUAACUUUCCCAGCUCUUUGCUUCCAGAGCAGUUCCAUAUAUAGUCAGAUUGAUAUUUUGUUUAAAUAGCUAGGCAGGAGCACUAACCAGAUCAGCCUUGGCAACGUGCUGUUGUUCUGAAACAAUGCUUGCCUAGUUGUCAGAUAUAGAUGAUGUACUAAUAACUGAUAGGUGCAUUUUGGAAUUUACAAAGUAAAAGUCACAGGUGUGUGUGUGUGUGUUGCUUUUUGACAUUUUUCUCCCUCGAAGAGGGUUAGCCAUAAAGAUUUUUUUUCAUGCCUGAAUAUUUGCUUUAGAAAUAUAUAUUUUUAAAAAAAUAUGAAACAAGUCUAGUGUGGCUUUCACUUAAGCUAUUAAAAACCACAUCAUGUGAAGUAAACAUGUUUUUUAUUCAUACCCAAAAAGAGCUUCAGGAUGCAGAAAGGCAUGUACCAAACUCUUGCCAGCAAUUCCUUAAACCGAAUGCAUAUUUUUCUUGGAAUGACAACUGUCUUCUGCUUUGGAGCUCAACCCUGUGAUAGGGCAAAACUGCUUUCAGUUAAUUGUUGAAGGGGCUGCAACACGGGCAGCCCCUGCACUCCAAAGUACCUGUUGAUCUUUGAAUCCAGUGUGGUAUAUGAGGGUGUUGGCUUUGUCCCUCACUAGUAAAAAA